UUCUUCCAUACUGUGGUGGUAUAGUAGUAGAAGAUAUGAAGAGAUUUGGGGACGGAGAGGAAGGAGAGAUGGAGAGCAUGAACGUAGCUGAUGUCCCGACGCUCCUCACUCGCGGCGGAGGCGGAGAGGGCACCAUCAGCGUCCCGUCGCGGGCGUCUUCGGUGCGGGUUUUCUGGUGCAGGACCUGCCACCGUCAGUUCCCCUCCUUCCAAGCCCUCGGAGGCCACCGCGCGAGCCACAAGAAGCCGAGGCUCGCGGAGGACCGCCACGGCCACGCCUGCUCCGUCUCGGGACUCGAGUUCGCCGUCAGCCAGGCGUUAGGCGGCCACAUGAGGCAGCACUGCACCGGCGGCGCGCCUCAUGGCCUCACGGAGAAGAAGCCCGGCAAGAGGAGGGGCCUGUGGUUGGACCUGAACAUGCCGCGGGGCCUGUGGUUGGACCUGAACAAGCCGCCGUCCGACGACGUUUGAGCCUAUCUGCCAUGGACCAAGAACACUAUUUUGCAGGCACGAGUCAUGCACGUGAUAAAGAUCAGAGCAACACGCUUCCAUGGACUUGCUUUCUUGGGCGGAAGAUACUUCUCAUUUUGUGUUCCAUUUGGUUAUGAUAUUAAGGCUAAUUCAUGUC